AUGGCUGACGCCCCUCAAGAAACUCGGGUCCCCACCCCCAUCUGCCACGAGGAGAAGGAUAAGGCUGUUCACGAAGGGGCUGCUGCCGCCUCUGUCGAGGCCUUCAGCGUCAGUGCCGCUGCUGCACUGAGCGGUGACCAGUCGAAGGCGCUUAAGAUCCACAACGAUGGCCGAAAGACCAAGGGCUGCCCUGCAUUGACCUGGGACGCCAGCUUGGCCCAACACGCACAGCAGUGGGCCAACCACCUGGCUCAGAUUGACAAGAUGCAACACUCUACUGGUGACCAGCGACCUGGUGAGGGCGAAAACCUGGCUUGGUAUUCAAACUCUCCUCAGAACCCCCUAUCGGGUGGCGCCCAAAUGUGGAUGGACGAGGCCAAGAACUACCAUGGCGAGCCUAUUGGACAAGGAGACUUCGGCAGCUACGGUCACUACACUCAAUGCAUGUGGAAGUCCACCACCAAGUUGGGAAUGGCCAGUGCUAAGUCGGCUAAGGGCGGUACCUACAUUGUCGGCCGUUACUCUCCCCCUGGUAACUGGAGUGGUCAGAAGCCCUACUAG